AUGCUGGAAGAAUGGCUCUCCAUGCCUUCACUUGGUCUCAAGCUCUACCGCCUCACAGAUAGCCGGCUGUACAGAGGUAGAUCAGGCACUUUUAGAACGCUGCCUGGAGGGCCCAUACCUGACAAUACCCUCAUCAUGGACAAUAAUGGCAAGGUGGCUGCAAGUGGCAUUUCAAGAGGUGACAGAAUACUUUUGCAGGCUUGCAUCAAGCCACAUGGAGGCAUUGACCAGCACUCUGGGGCAGAAGAUUUCACCUUUGAAGGGCUCAGCUCCAACUUGCAUGCCAGCCAAAGUAACACAAGGCCUUCCAUCUUCUUCAACAUUGGUGCUGCCACAGAUUUUGAGAGUUUGGGGGCACAAUUCUACCUUUUGGACUUUUCAUUCCUGGUGUUUGAUGGCACUAUUGCUCACCAAACCAUCCCACCAGGUGGCAAGAGCAAGCCAGGGGUGGGUUGCUUUGGAGUUUCCACAUACAUGAAGACCCAACUGGACCCCAAUUGCAUUGAGGGUGUGGAUAUAGGUACAGGGCAGGUAAAGGAGCUGGCCAAAGCUGCUGCCGGCUUUGCUUGGGGGCGUCCAGGCAAUCUGGAGUGA